GAGGAGUCAGUUCCUAUUCGAUGAACAAGAAAAAAUUCGCCAAGAGUCGGAGAAAAAAUCCAAAGCAAAGCUACUUGCUGAUUAUUUCCAUCAAUUUUCCAGUUUCACAUCUUUACACGGCAUCUCAUACGUAGGAGAUCGAUCAAGAUACCUCAGGGAGCGAUUUUUAUGGCUAAUUUUGCUCGGACUAGUAUACGGGGUGUGCAUCUGGGCAGCAAGCCGUCUCAUCAGUGAAUGGAUGAACGCCUCAGCAGUGAUAUCCUUCGAAAACAGAGUUCUGGACGUCCAUGAGAUACCAUUUCCCGCCAUCACGAUUUGCUCGUCGAAUAAAGUCCGACCUUCGUUUGUGAACCUAACAGAGCUUAUUCUUAAACCCGACAGGACCAGCCAUGAGUCAGAUAUACUCUCGCUUGCAUUCCAAGUUUGUUUUAUGUCAAUGCAACCAAAUGCCAGCAAGUUCUUAAAUAAACGGAUCGUCGAUUUGUACACAGAUCUAGGAACUCCUAAUUGCUCAGACACAUUCUUCCGGUUGAAAUGGAAAACGCGCAUGGUACCUGAGCCUUGUGAGCUUUUUCAAAAAGUUCUUACCAAUAGAGGCAUUUGCUACGUGAUUAAUAAUUUACCUUUCCCAACGCUAUUCACUUCGGCUUCAGUUAAAAUGUAUGAAGAACUUCAAAUGUCUGAAAAUUUGACGUCGUGGUACAACCGGACGCUGACUUGGUCCUUAGAGGGAGGAUACACGACUAGUGAGCUGGGUAUUGCAAGAGUGACUCCCCUGAGAACUGUCGGCAGUGAGGAAACUCUCUUCUUCAAACUGAACUUCCACAUCGAGGAUUUUGACCCAUCGUGUCUUGGCGGUGUCAAAGGAUAUACCCUAAUUUUUCACAGUCCGAUGGAGAUCGCAACAGAGGCGCAUUCCUCUUUCGCCGUGAAAAUGGACUCCUACAACAUGAUCAGAGUGGAGCCCACGACUCAAAGCACGAGCGCUAACAUCUUGGGAUGGCCGCCUGAGAAACGCGGAUGCUAUCUGGACCACGAGAAAACCCUCAUCUACUUCAGGAACUACACCGAGGGGAACUGCUACACCGAGUGCGAGAGUAAUCGCUCCUACGUCAUCUGUGGAUGCGUCCCUUUAUACUUGCCUAGACUUGAACACAUGGAAGUGUGUGGUCCUUUGUCUACGAAUUGUUUCGAAAAAAGUAUCGGAGACUUCGAUAAUUUGGAGGAGUACAAAAAGAUGUGUGACUGUAGACCUGCGUGUUCAGACAUACGCUAUGAUGUGACAGGAUACUCUAUACCUGUUAAUUAUACUUACAUUGACGAUUUUCCACCUGAGCAAGGGAAUAAAGAUCAGAGGGAUAAUUGGGCGACAGUUAGCGUUGCUUUCUCUGCACGAAGCUUCAUACCAAUGCAACGUGAUACGGUCAGUCAACUGCAUGAUUUCAUAGGAAACAUUGGUGGCACUCUUGGUCUGUUCCUUGGGUUUAGUUUUAUAAGUUUGAUGGAGAUCGUAUAUUUUAUAAUCAUGGGAGUAAUUUUUACGAUUUUCAAAAACGAUGGGCAGAAUUCUCUUUGAAUCUACGGAUGCUACCUUUAAGUAAACCACUGAGCACUGAGGACAAUGAGUGUCGCUUUCCAAUAUUAAUGAGAGCUCACUGAAAACUACAGCACGACGCACGAUGUAUUCAAUCAAUACGACGGUGGGUUUUAUUAAUCGCAGCUUUGAUUGUUAGGCGACCAAGCAUAUGGAUCAUAAAAGGAAAGUGUCAAAUGGUCAACGUUUUGCACCUAAAAACCUUUUAUUUCUGGCUCAUACAGAAAGCAACUAUCUACAUGGGAAAACAAAUGCACACAUCGGAGUUUCCCUGUCAAAAGAACAUGAUUCCAUUCCGAACUUGGGAAAUCGAGUCGAACAGAUUUUUUUACGAGUAUAUGAUUGCACGCCCAAGUUUGCUGAUUUUUGCGUUCAAUGUGAAAAAAAAAUAUCACGGAAGUUUUCAGCUAGAAAUGUGCACCAACUUCCUGGUUAAAAUGCAAUAAAUUUGCGAACGGUUUUACAACGUAUAUGGGUGUUGUAAAAUGAGCAGGAAUAAAUGGUAAUUCCUUAUCGCAGAAUGCGGUAAAAAUAGUUGUUUUAGCGUUGUAUUCGUUUUGUUUAUUCAACUCUUCAAAUAUUUGGCAUACGUGUUUGAUACUUUAAUGCUUCUUUCCCUCCUAAAAUCUGCAUUGAGAGAUCAUAUGCACGGUACACAGUGAAUCGGGUCGAUAGGAGAAGUCGGACAAAAUUUGGAAACUUUAAACGAUCAUAACUCCGUUU